ACAGCAACAGAAAAACUGGAUGGAUUGUAGCAUUUUUGUAUAGUUUGUUUGGCAACAUACCUGGUCUGAUCUGCUGCUGCUUUCAUAUUCAACUGUUCCAUUCAAAGAAAGGAUCAGAUUCAAAAUAAUAUAUGUAUGUCUCUUUUAUGUACAGUAGACUUACAUGUUUCUAGAUAAGACAACUGAAUGGCGUUAUCACAUGUUUUAAGCUUACUCCUCUCAGAAAGCUCUAAUAAUAAAUGUCGAGGCUUGCGGUCUUAAUCGAAGAGGAGGACGAAGAAGGUUGGCCACUAGGUGUCAUUAUGAUUUGGAGCCGAUGGUGACGCAACGCCUGGUUAAGCAGAGGAAGAGACGGCAGCUACCGCACCUUCGACCAAGGUAAAGCAUGGCAAUGACUGGCCAGAGCUCGUGCUCCUCCAUGAGUAACCACACCAAGGAGCGGGUCACCAUGGCUAAAGUGACCCUGGAAAACUUUUACAGUAAUCUCAUCGCCCAGCACGAGGAAAGAGAGAUGAGGCAGCAGAAGCUGGAGAAAGUGAUGGAUCAGGAAGGCUUGGCUGAUGAAGAGAAACGCAUGCGCCGUUCUCAGCAUGCAAGGAAAGAGACAGAGUUUCUGCGUCUGAAGCGCACUCGACUGGGCCUGGAGGACUUUGAGUCCCUGAAGGUGAUUGGCAGAGGAGCUUUUGGAGAGGUUCGUUUGGUACAGAAGAAAGACACUGGUCACGUCUAUGCAAUGAAGAUCCUCCGCAAAGCUGACAUGCUGGAGAAAGAACAGGUUGGUCAUAUCCGUGCUGAGCGGGACAUUCUGGUAGAGGCAGAUAGCCUGUGGGUGGUCAAAAUGUUCUACAGCUUCCAGGACAAGAUGAACCUCUAUCUCAUCAUGGAGUUCCUGCCUGGAGGGGACAUGAUGACUCUGCUGAUGAAGAAGGACACUCUGACAGAAGAGGCUACUCAGUUCUACAUAGCAGAGACAGUGCUGGCCAUUGACUCUAUCCACCAGCUGGGUUUCAUUCACAGAGACAUCAAACCAGACAACCUGCUGUUAGACUCCAGGGGUCACGUGAAGCUGUCUGACUUUGGUCUGUGCACGGGGCUGAAGAGGGCACACCGUACUGAGUUCUACAAGAACCUAAACCACAGCCUGCCCAGUGACCUCAGUAAGCAAACCUUCCAGAACAUGAACUCCAAGAGGAAAGCAGAGACCUGGAAGAGGAACAGGAGACAGCUGGCUUUCUCCACUGUGGGAACCCCUGACUAUAUUGCUCCAGAGGUCUUCAUGCAAAAUGGAUACAACAAGCUCUGCGAUUGGUGGAGCCUGGGUGUCAUCAUGUAUGAGAUGCUGAUAGGUUACCCUCCAUUCUGCUCAGAGACGCCUCAGGAGACAUACAGGAAAGUGAUGAACUGGCGCGAGACACUGAUCUUUCCUCCAGAAGUGCCUAUAUCAGAGAAGGCCAAAGACCUCAUCCUCAGGUUCUGCUGUGAGGAGGAGCACAGGAUCGGUGCUGCAGGUGUGGAGGAGAUCAAGUCCAAUCCUUUCUUUGAGGGCGUGGACUAUGACCAUAUCAGAGAGAGACCAGCUGCCAUUCCCAUAGAGAUCAAGAGCAUCGAUGACACCUCAAACUUUGAUGAAUUCCCUGAUUCAGAUAUCCUCACUCCAACAGCCACGCCUGUGUCUAACCAGACUGAGGCCGACCUGAAGAACAAGGACUGGGUCUUUAUCAACUACACCUACAAACGCUUCGAAGGCCUGACUGCUCGAGGAGCUAUACCGUCCUACAUGAAGUCAGGAAAGAGAUGAACACCCUCAGACACCACCAUGAAACCUGAAUGAGUCGUCCAAACCCCUGCUGUCUGGGGAACUUCAGCCCGAUAAGGAGAACUCUGUUCUCCGUUACCUAAGUGUUGAGGAUUCUCGUCACACAGGACUCUACAAAUAAUAAAGGGGAUCAAUUUCGUCCGUUGCUUUCCACCAUAGAAACUGCUGCCUUCAUUUCUGCAGGUCUUUACUUUCUCUGACGCUUCCAAAGUGGGAUUACAGUGAUUGUGUCUUCCAUUUGCCUUUUCCACUGGUGGAUGCAGUGGGAUGUCUCUAUUCCUGACACCCGGAUCAUUUACAUUCCCUGCCUGUAAACCAGCAUCAGUCUGUUGGACCUACCAAGGGCUUUUCUCUUUCCAAACCAGGACAUCCACUCCAUUUACCCUGUUAUGUUGACUGAUCAACUGAAACAUUGCAUUAAGUGGCAACUUGAAGUGAAUCAAGUGCUCUUCAGGGAUUCUGUCCUAAUGUUUUUCAUCAUUUCUGGCAGGAGCUCACAAUGAGGCUACUGGCUUAUUAAGAUGACCCAACCAAAGACUGAGCUGAAUGAAGUUUCUGCUUGAUCUCUCUGUCAUGUCACUUCCUGUAAAUUUAAAAUUGUAGUUUUAUAGAUUGAUAUUUGCAAGAUUUGCUUGUUGAAAUGCGUGAAUAUAUGAGAAUGGUGCAUUUUGUUGCGUCUUGUUACAUUUUCACAAUGACCCGCUUGUGUUCAAAUAGCUUUUUGCACCUUAUAUGAUGCUUGAUCCAACUUUAGUGCUGUCAGACCUACAGCCUACAACCCUACAGCUCAUUAGUUUGUGCUUUUGGGAAUUUUUAUUUGACUGGAAAAGUACACAUCUGGCCACACCGUGCUUGAUAAGACGGUAGCUCAAAACUGAAGUUACCUUUUUCCCACAAAUGUAACUGUUUUCCUGCUAUGAACAUGUGGCAAACUCAGACUUUUAGUGUGUGUGAGAAAGCCUAGAUACAGUGGGGUCCAGUAGUCAACAUUAUUUUAUUUCACAUGCAUUUUGGAUCCAAUUAAAUUUUCUUCAUUGCAAGUGAAGUGCAAUACAAGCUUAUCAGUUGGAGCAAGAAGUUAAAGCUUUGAAAAAAGAUCCAUGAAUUUCAGAAUAUCUUUUUGUAUGUCCCCCUUUUGCUUUAAUGACAGCAUGCACUCAAGCUAGCAUGGACUCUACACAUUUUACAGUAAAUCCUGCCGACUCAUGCUAUCCCAGCAUCAUUUGACAGUUUCCACAAAGCUUCUUGUGAUGUCACAGAAUGCUUGGCUUUCUGGGUCUUCAAGUGCCUCAUAAAUAUUCAGUGGUGUUGAGGUCCUGUGACUGUGGAGGAUGGUCCAUGGCAGUCAGCACUGCACAGAUUUCUUUAGUCGUAAAGUCGCUCUGUCAAAGUGUUGAGGUGUGUUUGGGCUCAUUGUCCUGCGGCAGGAUCUCCAUAGAGAUUGACCUGGUUGUUGCUGAUUGGAGUCCUGUGUUCUAUUUUUUACCAAACUAUCUGAAGAAGUUGCUUUACUCUCUCAGUGAACUAAGCUUGGUGUAUUGAUCUUUUGAUGGUUUCAUCACUUUGUACUUGAGAUGCAACUGAUCCAGUUUCUGCAAAGAAUGUAGAGUUCCAUGCAUUGCUCCUUUAUAAAACCUUUAAGUCUAGCCAUGAAUUGAUGUUGAAAAAUCCCCCCACUACUGAGAAUAACAAAUAGUCUUUAGACACUUUCACUUAUUUUAUGAAUCCUCAAACUUUCUGAUGAUUUCUAGGUUUGCGUGACAAUACUGUUUUUAAAUAUGGUUUUAAAUGUUUGGACCCCACUGUAAUGGUUACAUUUACACAGCAUUUUUAUCCAAAGUGCUUUUCAAGCUUGUUGUUGCUCACUCUCGAAAUUCCACACAUAAGCACACACUUGCACAGUGACGGCGGUGGGCUUCCACACUGGGUUUUGGCCUGACCAUCAGGAGCACUUUGGGAUCUAGUGUCUUCCACAGGGACAUUUUAACAUGUGGAUGACCUGCUCUACCUCGUGAGCCACCGCCACCGAACCAUCAUGAUGGAACAUUACAUCUUGCCCUUCAAACUUAAAUGAGUACAAUUAUUGUAUACCAAGAACGGGUUAAUUACUGUAGGCAGACAUGUACCUCUGAAACUCACAACAACCUACAAGUCAAAUUCAACACAUUGGCAUUCAGUAUCUCAGUGUUUUCUGCUGGCCUCAUCAGCUUGCAGCAGUAAAUCAAAGAUGCAAAACACAGAACCGUUUUUAUUAGGAACAAUUUUCUAUUCUGUGUGUGUGUGAAUUGUCUAAGUUACCGCCUCAGCUGUAGGUGUUGCAUUCACAAGACAUUGUAUUCAUUUGGUUGGUGAACUUUUGUUUUAACCUUGUUUUGAUAUAUGAUCCUUUCCUAGGGUUAGGGUUGGAAGCUGUUAGGUGUGUGUGUGUGUGUGUGUGUGUGUGUGUGUUCCAAGUGACACUUAAGAUCUCAAAGAGUAAUGCCACAAUGAAGCAGUGUUCGUCAUCUGAACAAGAUCCAGUAUGAAGUUACUUUUUUAAGCACAGGGCUAAACAUUUUCCAGUGAACACAAUAUCCAAAAUGCUGUCAUUUAAAAUGAAUGUAAAUGGAUCAUGGAGAAAAUGGGUUUUGCCACAAUAACUCCAAAAUGCUGUUUGUGACUGUAGCCUGCAAGUUUUUGUUUGUUUUUGUUUUAAUGUGUAUUGUUCUGGCACAUGAGGUAUAACUAUGGAAGCCCAUAUCCCCCAGAAAUGAAGAGACAAAAAGUUAUGAAUUUACAUUUUUAUAAGAAAUCUUAAAGGUAAGAUGAUGACUUUUGAGUAAAAUAUUCAAAUCAUAAAUUUCGUCAUUUAGAGUUUGUUGAAAAAUAUCUCGUAUCAUAUUAUUCAUCAUAAAUUGUGACUCAAAUUCAGUAAGUCAGAAUUUUGAUUCAUCAAGUAGUUCUUAGCCAUGUCAAAUUUUGACCAACCGACUCACAUUGUAUGUUGGAUAUUUUAAAGACACAAUCUGACAUUAUCAUACAAUACUGACGUGGAUAAGUAUUACCUUAAAGAUGACUUCUUUUAGAAUUGCAACUUCUCAAAAAAUGUAUCAAAAUUUGAUCUCUCAUAACUCAAACUUUUUGUCAUUCCCAACAUUUUAACUUUUUUUUCUCCCCCUCUUCUUGGCAGAAAUGGGCUUCCAUCUACAACUCAGUCUGAAGGGUUUUCUCAUUAUGUUUAGUAUGAAACUUAGUUCAUUCAGGUGGUGUGUCGAUACAUUUUAGAAAAGUACACAGUGGAGCUUUUUUCUAUGGCCAGUGGGGGGAGGGUCACUAUUUUAAACAAACUGUCUGUUAUAAGAAUGCUUCUGCUCUGCAUGCUUUUACCAAACAGCAAGUGGGUCAGCUUAAAGCAAUAGAGCACAUGGAAUGACUUGUUUAUAAUGCCACUUUGUGUGUGUGAGUGUGAGCGAGAGAUGAUUCAGACCGUUGUUAAGGUGUGAUGCUGGACUGCAUGAAGACUGUAUGUUUUCUACAUUUGAGGCUCAGAUGUGCGUGUGCUCUGCUCAUGUGUACCACGUGUGACCUGAGAGUCAGAAGUGAGGGGUUUUGGGAAGGUGGGUGUACAUUAUUUAAACCACUGUUCUCUUUGUAGCGUGUUGCUGUUGAAUUGUUUUCUGCUAUUUGACAAUGAAUUACUCUGCACUUACUGUGUUGUGUCCUUCUUCAGUGUUGGGAUGGAUGGUGGGAUGUGCCUUUGCUCAAAAGAUUGCCUGGCCUGCAGUACGCAGAAGUCUUAAGAUGGCUAAAUAAACAACAGCCUGAGG